AGAUUCUCAAUUUUAUUAAUCAGUUUGUCAAAACACUAAUGUAUAUUGAUUACGUAUAGGGUUGUUCCAUCUCAUAAUGUUGGUCAAAACUCUCACCACACUCCAACUGACGGUACUAUUUUAAUGCCAACGGGAGACAAGGGAAACGAGAAUGGCCCUCCCUUUAUAUCAAUGACUGAAGACUCUACUUUGCAUGGAGUGACAAUUUAUUAUCCCAACCAACCUGGAAAUCAAGUUCCUACUCCUUUUCCAUGGACUCUUUCACUGAGUGGCAAUAAUGUAGCUGUUACUGAUGUGGAAUGUCUCAACUGCUUUAAUGCAAUUCGAGCUGUAGGUGCUCAUCGGCAUUACAUUGCUCGGGUUCAAGGACAACCAAUUAACAUGGGUGUCUUAGUUGAUCAAACGUACGAUGUUGGCAGAAUUGAAGAUGUUCACUGGAACCCAUGGUACUCAAACACCAAAGAGUACAUGUCAUGGCAGUUGCUUUAUGGGAGAGCAUUUGUGUUUGCUCGCACUGAUUGGGAGUACGUUUUUAACACGUUUGCAUUUGGCUAUGCAAUUGGCUAUCAUUUUGUAGCCAGUCCGCAAGGAUCUUGCAAUGGCAACUUUUUAGGAAUUGGUGCAGACAUGAUGGCUAAUGCCUCAGUUCAAGUAGACAGUUCUGAUGCUUUUGGAAUCUUGAUUACAAAUGGUGAAUUCACUGCUUUUGUUGAUUCCCAUUUUGGGACACAACAUACAGACUCUGUUCAAGUGUUUGUGAACUUCUCAAAUAAGGGAAGUGUUCGGUUUGUGAACAGUGCCUUUUGGGGACCAUCCAAUUCUAUUGCAAAAUUAGGUGGUUCUGGUACUACAGGAUUUGCUGAUUGCACAUUCACACAGUGGGAUGAUUCUAAACAGGGACAUUAUGCUAUUGAGGUUAAUGGAGCUACUGGAAACCUUUUGGUCAAUAACUGUGAUUUUCAAUAUGAAGGAAAUCAAAUUAAUCUGGGUAAUUCUACUACUUUGGCAAGAGCUGUAAUCACAGGGAAUGUGAUUAAGGGGGCUACAAGAAUAUCCGGAAAAGCACACAACACUCAGAAAGGCUUGAAUGCGGACAGCACAUCAACACCAUAAGUUUACCAGCUACAGGAUGGUGAAUAUCAAUUCUUACAAUACGCAUAUCUAGACAAGUGAAAAAGAGCUAAACCAUGGUGCUACAAAUCUUGUCGCUUUUGACUUGCAAUGCCUUGAUACUCUUACUGGUAGUGUAUUGUACGGAAUAUAUGUCUUAACUCAAGCUGACUGAUAUGUGACAGAUGGAUCACCAAAUCCAA